GUUAACAGGAAUACAGUCCUCAUUCAAGCUCCCCACAGACUCUGGAAGGGAGGAUGUUACCUUCUGCCUUCUUGCUCCAGGUGUUGGCCAGCGCCAUUGUCCUGACCCAGACUAGCUCACACUCGCUGCGGUAUUUCUUCACCGCUGUGUCCCGGCCCGGCCUCGGGGAGCCCCGGUUCAUAGUUGUCGGCUACGUGGACGACGUGCAGUUCGUGCGCUUCGACAGCGAUGUGGAGAAUCCAAGAGCGGCACCGCGUGCGCCGUGGAUGGAGCAGGAGGGGCCAGAGUAUUGGGAGCGGGAGACAUGGAAAGCCAAGAACAAUGAGCAGUGGUUCCGAGUCAACCUGAGGACCCUGCUCCGCUACUACAACCAGAGCGAGGCCGAAUCUCACACGCUGCAGUGGAUGUAUGGCUGCGACAUAGGGCCUGAUGGGCGCCUGCUCCGCGGGUAUUGUCAGGAGGCCUAUGAUGGCCUCGAUUACCUCUCCCUGAACGAGGACCUGCGCUCUUGGACCGCGACUGACUUGGCCUCACAGAUCUCUAAGCACAAGUCCGAGGAGGCUGAUGAGGCCGACCACCAGAGGGCAUACCUGCAAGGUCCUUGCGUGGAGUGGCUUCAGAAAUAUCUACAGUUGGGAAGGGAGACUCUGCUGCGCUCAGAUCCCCCAAAGGCCCAUGUGACCCACCAUCCCAGAUCUGAAGGUGAUGUCACCCUGAGGUGCUGGGCCCUGGGCUUCUACCCUGCUGACAUCACCCUGACCUGGCAGUUAGAUGGGGAGGAACUGACCCAGGACAUGGAGCUUGUGGAGACCAGGCCUUCAAGAGAUGGGACCUUCCAGAAAUGGGCAUCUGUGGUGGUGCCUCUUGGGAAGGAGCAGAAAUACACAUGCCAUGUGGAACAUAAGGGGCUGUCUGAGCCUCUCACCCUGAGAUGGGAGUCUCCUCCAUCCACCACCUCUACCAUGGUGAUCAUUGCUGUCCUGGUUGUCCUUGGAGCUGUGGUCAUCAAUGGAGCUGUGGUGGCUUCAGUGGUGAAGAGGAAGAGAAACACAGGCAGCCAGAGUUUCCAGACCUCUGACUGGCCUCAGAAGACAGCUGCCUCAUCGGACUGAGUAAUAAGUUCUGACUAAAUGUCUGAGGGUGUUGCUUUCUCCUGUGAGGACAAUGUGAAGAACUGACAAGCCCAGGCCUUCCUUGCCGAACUGGACACCUGACUUCAUAAUAGAAAAUAAUAAUCUGACUCUGGGCUGGGUGUUUCCUGUUGUUUUUAUCUGCACUGAAUGGAAAUGUGAUUCCAAGCAAGGUAACGCAACGCUGUUGUGCAGUGGUAGCCACAUUGCACAGAUGUCUGUGAGCUGGGUGUGUGGUAUGCUUUUGUUAUUGUAGGUAGAGCAUGCUAUGAGCCCACCAUUCCUCUUAUGGUCAUC